UCAACUAUAUCUUACUUGAACACUUAUCUGACAGCUUUUCCCAGUGAUAUUUCUACCAUAGCCAAAAUAAAUCAGUACAAAGAUUUACAUGCUAAUAGAUACGCAAUCCAACUGAUUAAAGUUGGAAUUUUUUACGACAAUAAGGAAACAGCCUAUUCUUCCAGAAUCAUUGAAACGGUGCUAGCAGACCCGUUGUCACUGGGAAAUGAAAUAUGGUUUGAACAGAUUGUAACUCGAGAUAGAGAAGCCAACAAUAUCUUCAAGUACUCUGACCAAGUAUCUGUUUCUCAGAAUUCCUGUUAUAGUAUUCCAUCCCCUAUAUUGAGUGGACAGUAUCGACCUAAAACCAGCAGCCCCACAGCAGUCUUGAACAAUAUAGAGAUCCAUGAAGUGAACGACUUGGAACAGAUAGAUGUAGAGAAGUACCAUUUUAUCAUAACUGUGACAAACGAUUUGUCGAAAACCAUAAAUGCAAGUGAUAGUUCCAACAGAAAGAAAUUGCUCACUGUAAUUGACAAUUCAGAAUGGACUCCAUCAUCUACCGAAAGCACUGCAGUGAGUUUCGGCCAGUCCAAGGACUUUCAUUCACAUGCCAUUAAGAUAGAUUCUAAUGUAGCCUUUCAGGGAAUCAAAUUACUCUUACAAAAUGGAGCUAAAGCCGGUGGAGAGUACUUUGAUGCCGCAAGAAAAAGUAACAUCUACGAGCUAAACAAGUCUCUAGGCUACUUUCUGCGCUCAGAAGUCUUGCAGUCCAUUUUGUUGGAUGAAAUACGCACUGACAUAAGCAAUGCUCAUGUUAGUCAACAGCACAUUGAACAUAUCAAGGAGUCCCUCAAGAAUGAGAUUGCUGCUUUCGGCAACUCGGUUCAUGGUGAACUUCAAUAUGUCUUUAAGCCGGCUACUACAAGUUUCUUCAGGAAGAAGUUAUCGUGGUGGAAAUUGUAUAUUAAAAACGAUAAUGUAGAGUACGAUUUGAAGGACUACUUUGGCAAAAAUUUCAUGAAUAGAAGUGUCGAAGAAUACAACUAUGCCCGAGGCAAUAUUGCUGCCAAGAUCCACCAAGAUUACACCAAGAACAUCACAAACAUAGAGAGUAACCCCAUCCUAGUGUUAAAGUCUCAAGUCAUGGACAAGGUAGUCUCAGAAAUUCAGCCAUUCGUGUACAAAAUUAUUGGUUCUGCGUUUGUAUAUUAUCAAUUGCCUAUCUCAAUAAUUUCAUUCUUGUCUUGGCAAUAUUUCGACUUUUCUGCUAACAGUGCUGUUGCCUUGUUUCUGCUUGGUUGGAUAGUAGGUUUCAACCAAGUAUCCAAGAAUUGGGAAGCAUUCACAAAUAAAUGGCUUAUUAAUGUUUUUGAACAAAUCAGAGUUUGUGUUAGCCGUGAAUGCAUUGACAAUGGGCUCUCCAAGGAGUUGAACGAAGAAGCGGAGCAAGAGAUCGCUUUAUCUUCGCUUAGAAAGGAAAUACUAACGGGGUUACAAAAUAGAGAUAAUUAG